AUGCCAAGCAAACUGACGGACCUUGAUGACGUCAUUAAGAAGUGGGCGUGGGCGGCAUUUAUUAAAACAAAAGGACAACACGACUACAACGACUACCAGCUACAAGUGGUGUGGGAUGGUGUCCGAUUUAGUACAGAGCAGCCCACGUAUUUCUUUGGGAGAUACGAUUACAAAACACCCAGAUCAACGUCCCUUUUCAAGGCCAAUUACGACAACCACACCGACGUCACGCAUGACCAUGAGAUAAGAGAACAACGCACGACAUCGGCGACAGCGAGGGUUACAAUAAGACGAGGUUUUUGUCGUGGUGCGGAUGUAGGUAUAAAACUUACCGCUCCCGAAGAUGUCGCAGGCGCGUUUAACAACGGCAUAUUCAUCGCCGGUGAGGAAGACAACAGGGCAGAUAACUCUAUUUCCUGGGUGAUCAAGUACAGCGUGACAGCGCCACCUAUGCGGAGAACCACUGCCACGGUAAGAGUCGUUGAGAAACGUUUCAAAUGCUGCUUCAGAACCAACGUGGGUAUACAGGGACGGGUCAUCGUGUUAGUUGUAAACACCACUGACAACAGUCAGGUUCGAAUUCAGGUCGAGGGUGACAUUGCAACUAUCAUCGGAGACGCAAUAUACCGAAGUGAAAUAUAUUUCCCUAACUGUGCCUAUGUUCAGGGAGACAUGGUCAAGUGGCCAGUUAUUGGUAAACUACAUGUCUCGCAUGGCGUGUCACAAGAAAUGGACCUUGCACAAGAGCAACUACCUACUGGAGUGGAUUCCAGAACCUAG